AUGGGAAAAUUGGAAUGGGAUGAAGAGAUCGUGACAACAGAUGGUCGGGUAUUAUACCAAUUUUCCUUUACUGAUGACAUCACUCCUGUAACAUCAAACAUUAGCCAAGCGGAACGAAUACUUUCCGACUUUGAUAACUCACGUGAAAGGAUUGGUGUUCGACUAAAUCUCGCAAAAACGAUGGUCAUGAAAAGCACAUUUGAUUCCUGUGUCCCACUUGAGCUCAAUGGAAUGAGUGUUUCUAGACGCUCCAGUUAUGCUUGUCUGUUGCUGCGUAAACAGGAUGAAAGACCACUCAGAGUUAUUGAAUGUGCAAUCGAAAAGACGAUGCUAGGAGUAUCCCGUGUCAUACAAGUGAGGGAGGUGAUCCGUGGUUCCCCACCUGUGCAGCGAUCAAAAGCAAAAGGCUUUUCUGUACACUAA